CCACUACAAAUGCCAGAUCACCAAGCCCUCUACGACGCCGCAAAAUCCUUCUGCGACACAGUCAAAGACCCCACACUCAAAGGCGACACAAAAACUGAAGCCCUCCUCUCCCACUUCGCCCCAGACUGCCUCGCCCUCGAGCAUGGCCACACCACCCUCGCCCGCUUCCUCGGCAAAGAGUACAGGGGCCCCCAGGGCGUGAAAGCCUACUUCGACACCCUCGCAGACCUCCUCUCCUACACCGACAUGCACUUCCCAGAGUACACCGUCGACGUCGACCACCGCCGCGUCUGGGUCCUCGGCAGCGCCAUGUUCACCUGGAACAAGACCAUCCAGCCCGUCACCCUCGGCAACGCCUGGCGCGAGACCCUCGUGUACAGGCUCGAGUUCGACGACCAGUGCAAGAUCAAGCGCUACGAGGUCUGGGCAGACACCGGCGCAGCACACCUCGCCAGCAGGGGCCAGCUCCCGCCCGAGAACCUCUCUAGCAGUAGUAGCAAUGGGGCGAAGAAGACGCCGCCUUCCUCAUGAUCGUGUUUAAAUGACCCCGGCCUGUGGUUGUUGGUGGGUGUACAUAAAAAUAACAUGGCAGGUUCAAGCCCCGGCUCAUGGACACGGACUCAUCCGAUUGUACGUCACAGCAUAUGUUUGUACGCUAAAAAUGAGUGAUUGGACCUUGGACCUCGCAUGCGCAAUUGGAUCGGGAGUACUUUCGAUCAUGAUAUCGUAGUUUGGCUUGGCACAGACCGCUUCCCGUUUCUUUCGGUAGAAAACAAACAAAACAUUCCUUACUCCUCCUUUAUCUCUCUUUCGUUUUAUCUCUUUUUCUCUACUCUACAAACGUGUAAUACUAGCGACUAGAUAACGACAUACGUGCAUUGACGAUACAUAUACACACUGGAAUCUGCAUUCUGUGCUCAUGAACCACAUUCGGCAGUUGCCGAAGGGCUUGUGGCACUUGUCUUGGAAAAACUCGACCACUGUGGCCAACACUCGUUCAAUUGCUUGCUUACAGUACUUCGUGUCCUCACCUACAUCUC